UGGUUGAUAAAAGAAAGUCAAACAGAUACAGAUAGAAUGAAGAUGUCAGUGAUGGAGGGAGAUUCUGUUACUCUUCACACUGAUGUUACUGAUAUACCCACACAAACUAUACAUCACAUACAGUGGAGGUUUGGACCUGAAAAAAACAAACAAGCAUUUAUAGUCAUUCAGUUUAAUAAGGGGGCACCUGUUAUUCAUUAUUUUAAUGCUGAGAUAUUCAGAGACAGACUACAGAUCGACAAUCAGACUGGAUCUCUGACCAUCAGGAACAUCAGAACAACAGACUCUGGACUUUAUCAACUGAUAAAAUACAAACCGUUCUAUUUCAAUGUUACUGUCUAUGCUCGUCUGCCCAUUCCUGACAUUACUAGAGACUCUUCAAACUGUUCAUACUCAUCAUCAGGAUCAUUACAGCAGAAUUGUUCACUGCUGUGUUCAGUGUUGAAUGUGAGUCAUGUGACUCUCUCCUGGUACAAAGGAAACAGUUUAUUGUCCAGCAUCAGUGUGUCUGAUCUCAGCAUCAGUCUCUCUCUACCUCUGGAGGUGGAAUAUCAGGAUAAAAACACCUACAGCUGUGUGCUUAACAAUCCCAUCAGCAACCAGACCAAACAUCUGGACAUUAGUCAGUUCUGUCAUACAUGUGCAGACUCCGUUCACUGUUGCGGUUUCACUGAAGCUGUGAUUCGAUUGGUCAUCUCUGCUGUGGUGGGCGUGGCUACUGUUACCAUAGUGGUGUAUGACAUCAGAUCCAGAAGAGCUAAAAGAAGUUGAGAGCAUCAC